AGCUACGUACAUGUAUAUAUACCUUGGGGUCACAAAACACGUUAGAAUCUAAUUACCUCGGCCAUUUUUUGCCAUAAAGGUCAACUUGUGUGUGGAGUAAACUGUGAACCUGUCUUAAUGAUAAAGACAGUGAUGAUUAGGUGCGUGCUGUGCAACGACACUUAAGGCUUUUUACUUAUCUUAAAGUCAUGUGAAUCGCUCCGUCUUUAUGUAUUAUAACACUCUGUGUUUUGUUUCUUACUUGUCAUUUACAAGUUUUCUUUUGUUGUUGAACAAUACACGGAUUAAUACAUUUGAAAAUGUAGCCACGAUUCUUUCAAUUGCAAUUUGGUGGGCAUGAUUUCCACUGUCAACGAACAACAUUGGGGCAUUGGUUUUAUAGUUUUACAUAGUGGAAUAAUUAUUACUGAUAUUGUACUAUCCAAUGGUAUAGCGAACGUAUCUACAGAGCAAACUAAAACGUCCAUCAUACAUUAGGACAGUUACUACGAGGAUAGUUUCGGUAAAAUCUACUUUUACUAAUAUUGUUUAACACCAAAUAUGGAGGCAAUUUUAGUCGCUAAAUUGAUUUCUCUGAUUAUAGUGCUAGUGAUUUCUUUAAUAUUAGGAAGUCUCCCAUACUUCAUUAUUAGGCGUAGAAAUAGGGCCCAAGGCCUUGGGAGACGAGGGGACAUAAUCCUAUCAGUGUUUAAUGCUUUCUCUGGGGGGGUAUUUUUGGGAGCAUGUCUGCUACAUCUCAUGGAUGAAGGUAGAGAGGAACUCGAGGAAGCCUUCACACUGUACGAUCUGGAAGAAAUAAAGUAUCCUUUGUUCGAAGUAAUAGUCGCUGUGGGAUUUUUUGCCAUUGUGUUGGUGGAUUUUGUUGCUGAGCUAUGUCUUCACGAAUCAACUAGCAUCGUUCUGGAAGACGGGAAACCGAAGCAAAAUUCAACGGUGACCGCCCCAGACGGAGAGGUAAACGGAGCUUUUAUGGAUCCAAAUGCACACCCGUCUGUGAGUACACUAGCUUACGGUGCUAUUACUGAAAACCAAUCAAAGCGCCCCGUAGUCGAACAGGCUCCUAGAUCAAAUGGGAUAACUCUAGUUAAUCAUACGUACACAGGAGAUAUUAGCACAAACAAUAAUAACAACAACAGUGAUAAUCAUACAGCUCAUCCAAGAACGGGGGAAGUUGUUACCCCUAACGUAACAAAUAUUCUCCAUCAUGCACAUAACCAUGAGCAUGGUCAUGACUUUGACCAGUUAGCAAAAACAUCCACCGUACGUGCAGUUUUGUUGCUGGUCGCAUUGUCCUUCCAUACAAUUUUUGACGGUUUGGCAAUUGGUCUUCAAGACAUGGAUACCGACGUGUGGCAGGUUUUAGCUGCUAUCAGUAUACACAAAGCUUUGGUAGCAUUCUGUCUUGGUCUUCAACUGUUCCAGGCAUAUACACGACGUUUCCGAACAGCUGCAAUUCUUGUCGCACUGUUUUCUAUUAUGUCCCCAAUCGGGAUAGGUCUUGGAAUUUUGGUUACGUCAGCUAAUAUAAAUGAAGCAGCACAAACUAUGACAGCAGCAGUGCUACAAGGAGUCGCGUCUGGAACAUUUCUAUAUGUGACUUUCUUCGAAAUAUUGAAAGAGGCUUUUACACACGGGCGUGGUAUAUGGAACAUAUUUAUUGCUGGUGUAGGAUUUGCCACUAUGGCCGCUGUGAAACUUUUGGAUUCGGAUUAAAAGUGCUGUGGUUAGUUUAAAAAUUGACACUGUUUUCACCCGGUAAACCUAUACAUAGCGUUAUGUUGCACCUUUUUUAUAAUUGGCUCUAUUUAUAAAAUGAAGUCUACUGGCAAUUCUGAGACGUUGAUAAUUGUUUUCUGUGAGUUAAAUAAUGGAUAUUUAAAUCGAUGAUAUUUUAAGAAGCAGCUGGUCUGACUGAUCUCACGGCAGUGAAGAAGUGUGCGUUUCAGAAAGAAUAAGCAUACUCUGUUUUGAACACAAUAUUAGCCAAUACUAUGCUAAUAAAUGUUUUUUUAUAUUGUUUUAUACCAAGGCUAACAACAAUUGUAAAGUAUUGGAGUAAAUCCAGGAUUAAUGUAACUAUAUUUAUUGCAAACAAUGAUACUGUUUUAAUAGAACGAAAACAUGUAAAUAUAUAUUAUUAUUGUACUUUUAUGUCUUCAUGAUGUUUAAUUUUAUGUUCUAAUUUAUCAGAACGACGUUUGAUGAGAUAAACAUAUUUUGUAUGUAUAUUUAUAUUUUGAUAAAAAUUAAUAUACAAUGUACAUAUAGAUUUGAUAUUUUAAAAUAGAUUAAAAGAUGUUUAACUCAUCGAUAAAUAACUUUUGAUUAGAUAAAUAUAUUUUAGAAGUAAAUUUUUAUAUUUUUAUAUUAAUAAAAUUAAUAUACAUUAAAAUACAUUUAUAUUGAAUAUUUUACAACAGAUUAUAUUAAAGAUAUGUUCAAACAACAAACAACGACGAAUGAAUGAAACGUCUGACUUUUCUACACCUACCGGUCUAAAGAAAUGAAAUGAAAUGGGGUUUAACGUCCUACUGUUCUGCUCCUAUACUGGGCUAAUGAAGACGGGCAUACGCCAUACAGUGUGCUAUGAGGGAAAUUUUGCCCGGGCAGCGGCACUAUCGCCUACUCUUAUAUCGAAUUCCAACUGCCAAGGGAUCUUUUACGUGCACGCCAAUGUGUACAAGGAACCUCGGUUUUCCGUCUCAUCCGAAGGACUAGACAGCUGUCAUUGUCAGGCCCUCUGAAGAUACACCAUACGGUGUGAGGGAAAUUUUGCUCGAACAGCAUUGAAUUCUAACUGUCAAGGGUUAUCUUGCGUGCCGCCAACUUGUACGAGGAACCAAGGGGGGGGGGGGUCCAUCUGAUCGGCUAGGCAUAGUCCUUGUUAUUCCCUCCGUCCUACAUAGCGAUAAAAUAAUCCGAUAACGAUUAUUUCUCUUCCUACUGCGUCAACAUUGCGCCUCUUUAUUCUAAUCUUAACAUUGCAUUGCUUUUAUCUAUUUAGGCUUUUAUGUUGCUGGGGCAUUUCUCAGAAUAUUACAGUAUUUCAAAAAGUGCCCCAAAUUAAUAUUUGUAUGAAUAAAAUGAUCUAAAAUU